AUGGAGAAUGUUAGACCGAAAAUUGUCAAGAGUCGUAUGGCGGAAAAUCCCAGAAGAACUACGGCAUAUACUGCUAAUGGGUGCGCCACUGUUUAUGGAGGCAAGUUGAAGAGGAAGAUGUAUAGAGUAAUUUAAUUUAUAUCUGUACGUGACGAUAAACCGGUAGAUCGAGACAAAUGGGGGAGAAUAUUAUUAUAUUAUAUUUGGCUAAAUGAUUUCAACGGCUUUGGAAAAAAACCAAACAAAUUAUAAUAUUUUGGGUACUCGCCGUGAUGCUCAUUGACGACGAAAUUAUAUUGUCAAGAUAAAUGAAGCAACGCUUGUAGCCAAUAGGCGAUAGGGUUACAAUUGGAGGAAAUAAAAACGUUUUAAAAAACGCAAAUACUAAUAAUACUUACUUAUACUAGUAUUUCGACGAGAGGCGUUAAAUUAAAAACCUGUAGAAUUUGUGUAUCUAUGAAGAUUGCCUAGGUAUAUAAUUUUAUUCAAACGUGUUUUCAGUAAAGAUAAUUAUCAAGUUUUUAAAACGAUUUGUCAGCGACCCCCUUUUAUUUUUAGGUGAUUCGUAAACCCUGGGUUACAGCUACACCUCCCUUAAGUCCGGCUCAUGUAAAACUGAAUUUUAAGAUGGCCGCACGCGUAAAAAAAAUAUAUAUAUUAUUAUCGGUUAGUACCUACGAUUAUUGACAAAAAAAGAAAGUUGUUUUUUAUGUCCCUUAAAAUAAGUCACGACGAACGUCGUGACUUAUUCUAUUAUAUCGUCACAUCCCCGUGUGAAUUUGGCGAAAUCAACAUUCCAUUUUAUAUUACACAAGCUGCCCUAACCGGCUUUGCUAGUAAAAUAAAAAAAUUUCUAAAUGCAUUUAAUAGAUGAAUUAUCAUUAUAAUGCUAUUACCAAAAUACCCGUACAGCACAGGGAUUGAACUACAAAAAUUAAUUACAAUGUUUGGUUUUUUUCAUCCGUGUUACCAUGGUAACCCAUAAUUAUUAAUCAACAUAAAUAAUUAUUUGUUCAUUCUAAAAAUACCUAAAACCGAAUUUUAGGGAAUGGUAUUUAAUAGAUCAUGGGAGUAGAUUUUAAUAACUAUAAACUUCCUCCGGGCAACGUGGAACAUCUGUCCAAAGUUUUAUGGCGUUCGGAUGAAUAGUGUAGUAAUGCAUAUAGGACAAACAGACAUACAUUCGUUUUUGAUAUAGAUAGUAAAGAUAAGCGAAAGAUAUUUUAUUUAUUUGUUUUUUAGUCUGAUUGUAGAUUCUGGGUUUAACGAAGUUGGUUUUUUUAUUUUUUUUAUAUGAACACUUUUUUUACCAAAAAGCUUACUCCGAUUAUCAAUUAUAACAUUUUUCCUGAAAGGAAAUGUUCUUUAGGUGGUACUUUAAUGAGGUAAUUUUUUGAAAUUCUCAUUAAUAUUUGAGAUUUAUGAGGAAAACCUGGUUCUCUAGGUUAAAAAAGAUUGAAAGAUUAAAAAUAAGGUUGUCAUUGGCAACUGGUUUUAUUUAAUUUUUGUUAUUAUUAAGUUUUUAUUAUUUUAAUAAUCUUUUUAAAUAAUUAUUGUUGUCAUGGAAACGCAUAUUAUUAUAAUCAUUUUACCAUAAUAUGACACAUAUAUUGUUAAAAAAACAAAACUAUCAACUGAACUCCGUUCAAAAUCGUUUUUUCGUUAACAAUGGUUUUUCGUUGAUUACAGAUGUACAUUAAAUUUCUGUCUAUAUCCUACAUUCCUAACUUCCUACCUACAACAGUGGCUGCAUCCAGAUCAGAAAAAUUGACGGGGAAUGUAGACAAUUUGUUCAAAUAAAAUACCAAAGAUCGAUAAAUCAGUCGUAAGAUUCGUUCAUACAAACUUAAAACGAUGUAAAUUCCUCACAAAAUUUAAAAUGUGUUGUUAAAUCAUUUUACCCAAAAAUCCAUUGGAGUUCAUUUUUGUAUAAACCAAAUUAUUUAGAGUUGUGUAUAUAGACAUUUUCUCGACAUUUUCGGGAAAAUAAAAUGUUUUCAUAUCAGUGUCACUAUGACAAGACGCAUUAAUUGUGUAAUCAUAAAAUCAACAAAAAUAUUUACGGACAAACCGUUAUGCGCGGGCAAAAACAACUCGGGUGUACACCAAAUUUUUACCAUACGAAUUAAAGAACAUACAUUGAGCAACAGUUUUUACAGUCAUAAUUACUAGUAUUGAAACUAUCGGGAUAUUUUCAAUUAUACUCGGAUAUAUUAAAAUUAUGGAUUUGGACAUUGCUGUAAUCCGAAUAUAUUCGGCCAUUCGUACUAUUCUGAAUUAUUUUGUACAAUCCGAAUAGGUAUAUCUGUAGUUAUUAUUCGAGUGUUACACGCACUAUUUACAACACUCUAUUAGUGUUGGAACAAUCCGGAUACUGAGAUAUUUUAAAAUCUUGAUAAAAAUCAAUUCGGUAAUAUUCGGAUUUUAUACUACUCGGAUAUAUUUGGAUAUUAAACGUAAUAUAUGUGUAUAUCUAAUAUUCAGAUAUUUUUAUUAAUCGAAUAUUCAUAAAAUAUAAUCAAUAAUAUUUGGGAUAUAAAUGGUUACGAACACAUUAAAAUGAAAACACAUAUGUGCUUGGGAAACAUUGAAAGUACAGAAAUCCUAAUGCAAUAAUUGAUAUUCGAAUAUUACGGAUAAUCGAGAUUAUCCGGAUAUAACAAUCUGAAUAUAUGUCCCAACACUAUAGUAUCAUUCAAAUAUUUAUAUUAAUCGAAUGUUCAUGAAAAUUUCAUGAAUGUAAUCGAGAAUACCGUUUGCGGGGUUGCUUUUUAAAUGGAAGCCCACUGAAACCAUGCUAAAACCCGUAACGACCAACAACGACUAACAAAAUAUUAUAAUAUAUUAUACAGCCAAGACCCGUACAGUCCCCCAUACAGUUUAUCGCACAAUGAAUAUAAAUGUUUGACAAACUCUGAAAGCGCGAAAAUCCGAAUAGUACUAUAGAUAUCCGAACACCGUGGACGUUCGAAUAUAUUCGCAAAAUUUUGCCGUUUCAAUACCGCGGACGUCGGAUUCCGGUUGUACGAAUAUUUUAAAAAUCUGAGCACGUUACGACCAAACGCCACUGGUAAGCACGCGAUCUUAAGUACGCCUGUAUCAAUAUAUUAUACUUAAUACGCGUUGAUCUCCGCUCGUGAAUGUUUACCGAAACAUGUUCGGAAUUAUGUAGAUUAUUUGUUGCGCGCCGAAUGAUUUAUUUAGUACCCCUUCACCCCCUCCCCUCCGCGACGCACGACGUUAUUUAUGAUUACGGACACAAGACCUGUAACGAUUAAAAACGCUCAAAUAUUAUGAUGUAUGACGGACACGCUUUUGUAGGAACGUUACGGGAAAUCAUUUUUCACGCCUAGCCCCCCCCGCCGUUGUUGCGUCAGCGAUUAUUACAAUAUUAUAUCGCGCAGAAGAGUUUCACUGUCGGCGGCGGCGGCUGGGAUAUCGAUUCGUUUGACCGACAGACGUAAUUUUAAUUUAUUUAGCACGUUUAUUAUUAUUAUGUUUCCGACAACGAUCUCGACCGCCUCCGGUCCCGGUCGUAAUACGUACACGUAUAUACGUAUAGAACACUUAACGCGUAGACCACGUCCGUGCCGUAUUGUAAUGUACGUCGAUACUUUAUUAACAUCUCCUAAACGGAUCGCCUAAAUCACUAAACAUCUUCGACGGUUACUGCAGUCAAAGCCAGACCUGCAGUUCGACCCGCGAACGGGCGAACUGUAUCUUUAUUAUUAUAAUACUUACUAUAUGAAAAAUACUUGUAGCUACUUAACAGUAGCCAGUAUAUGUUAGGUCAGUAUAGGUAAUAGGAUAAUAGGUAAUUAUGAAUAUUUUCGUUACGAGUUUAAUAUCAUGGAGUAUAAUGGUAAUAAUGGUCGCGGUAAAAAUGACCAUACACCAAAAUGGCCAAAGGAAAAUAUUGCAUCCAUGAAAAAAAUUGUAUAUUAAAAAAAGUACAUUUAAAUUACAUUUUUUUUAUUGCGCUAUAUUUUGCUCUCGAAAUUCUUACCUAUCUGUACGUAUUUCAGAUAUUUUUGUCUGGACUUUUCUCUAUAGCCAUUAUUAUCGACUAACAAUAUUAUAUGAUUAUUUUAGGGUUUGAAAAUUGUCAUAUUUGCAUACUAUUUAGCGCAAACUGCGAAUCCUAGAACCGUCUUAGUAAGAAGCGAAAUAGGUUCGAAUAAGUGUACUUCGUUGUUUUCUUGAUGUUAUAUAGGAGGUAAUAUGUUUUUUUGUGUAUUUAUGAGUGUACAAGCGGUGACGGAGGAACGUUCUUUAUUAAAGAUCGGCAAUAUUUGUAAAAUAAAGUACCGGACCGUGAGUUGGCCACUAUCGAAGUACACAAGACGUUUGGAAGAUGUAUAGACUCGUAAGAUAGUUUAGUUUACAUACUUCAAGUGACGAUAAAUCAUUAUAAUAAAAAAAAAAAAACGGAUGUAUCGUUAUUUGUUAUUAGUUUUUUUUUAUUUUUUAGAAAAACUGUGGAGAAUCUAGACAAUUUUUUCAAUAAAGUACCAUUUUAACUAUCCGAAAAAAAGUUUUCCGAGAGAAAAUAAAAACAAAUAACUUUUUCGUUACACAUAAAGUUAAACAAAAAAGGUUUCGUAAACUUUGCAGGUAUGGAUUCACUUACAAAAAAUACACUAUACAUAGAAAAGUUUGGAAAUUUACAUUUGUAGUGCCAUAUAUGGACCAUCGUACGUUGUACCACUACUUAAUAAAAAUAAUAUGACAAACGUAUACAUAUUUUUUAGAAUGUUUUGUAUGCGUGUCUUAGAUUUCCGUAUCCCGGUAUCUAACAUAAUGUAAAAACAUAAAAACGUUUAUUUUGUUUUGUUACUUUUUGGUAAGAGACAUGUUUUGGAAUUGAGAUCGUAUUCCCUUUUCCUGCAUAAUAAUAUUACUAUCGUCAUGAACAUCUGCUUUCCCGAACAAAACGAUUUUGAAACGUUCAAUGAAAGUACAUAUAAAUAAAGAGAUUAUUGUUAAGUUGCAUGUUUUAUUUUAUUUUUUUUAUUUUUAUAUAUUUUUUUUUUACAAUGCGAAAUGAAAUCGUCUUAUUAUCUUGUAUAGUGUGAUGUGGUCGACGUUUUCAAACAGGACGAACGAAAUAACUACUUGCGUGUUAACGUGAUUUAAAUGAUAAUAACGGGUAUCCUACAGACACAGACUGUGUUCGGUUCGCGAGUGCUGUAUAUCAGAGGCAUUCGUAAUUUUAGACGUUUAGUUUCUGGCGAAAAGUGAAAAUGAAAUACCUACCUAAAUCGUUUGUCUCACUGUACCUAUUCGUCUAGAGAAAAACCAACGAAUCAACCGGUUAAAUUACUUAAUUAUAGGUACUUAAGUAUAAAUCGUAAGUCACACGAUAAUCAGCAAUUUUCGUAAUUAAUUAUUGUUUUAUUUUUCUUUUUUGACUUUCUUCAGUUUGCUACAUUUUUUUAAAAAACUAAGGAAUUGGUUCCCAAAUAAAAAAAUACGUGUACCAAUUGGUUCCUGGUAAACAUUGUAUAGGAAUAUAUCCUUCACUACACUCAAAAUCUAAAAAUAAUAACAUCAACCGGAUAGCAAAUAGAUAUACUUUCGGUAUAUAUUAUAAUAAGAAUUACUGUUGAUUAUUAAUAAUUCUAGGCGGAGUUAAAAAUUCUAAGAAUAUGAAGAAUCUGCAUAUAAAUGCGAACAAUUUCAAAUAAAACAAUAACAAUUGGUACCUAAAAAAAGAAGCUAAAAAAUUAUGAAAAUUUUAUCACGUUUAAGAAGUAUACUGAUAUACCGAGUAUUUGGUGAAAAUGUCGGAUUACUAUAUUAUUUUUUGUACUGAAUCACAGCAAAAAAAAAAAAAAAAUAGUAAAAAAAAUCGAAAAUAACAUGAACCGUUAUUGUUUAAAUUUCCUCUUUUUUCCAGUUCCUUCAAUUAUUAUGAAAAUGACAAGGAAAAUCAAAAUAUUGACUUCUCUAAUGCAUUGAUUAUAUGAGAUUAGUUAUCAGAAAGUACCCUUGAUAUUGAUGAUUGUUACGGGAUUUCUGAUCAAAAAGUUGUUUACAUGCACAUAAAAAUAAAAAAAACACACUUCAUUGUAAAACUAACAAAAUUUAAAAUAUUAACGACUUUUUCAGAGGUAAAGGCGUGAAACUGCAUAUCUACUCCACACGCUCUACCUUUGAAUUAAUAAAUAAUAGUUUUAACUAAACUAUAUUUAAUAAACUAUUUUAGAUUCUGAGUGGAACAUAGAUUGUAUUGGUUUUACAAUGAUAUUUAAAUUAAUUUUUUUCUUCUACCAGAAAGCAUACUCCGAUUAUCAAGUAUAGCACCUUUUCUGAAAUGAAAUGUUCUCUAAAUGGAAGUCUAAAGAGGUCAUUUUUUGAAAUACUCAUUAAUAUUUGAGAUAAUGUGGAAAACCUGGUUCUUUAGGUUAAAAAAGAUUGAAAGAUUAAAAAUAAGGUUUUCAUUGGCAACCGGUUUUAUUUAAUUUUUAUUAUUAUUAAGUUUUUAUUAUUAUAAUAUUUUUUAAACAAUCAUUGUUGUCAUGUAAACGUGCAUUGUUGUAAUAAUUUUACCGUAAUAUGACACAUAUAUUGUUGAAAAAUCGAUUGAACUCCGCUCAGAAUUGUAUUUCCGUUAGCAAUGGGUUACCGUUGGUUACAGAUAUACAUUAAAUUCCCGUCUAUAUUCCCAACUUCCCACCUACAACAGUUGCUGCACCCACAUGCGAAGUAUGUCCGUCCUUUUUUAUCAUGUACUUUCGAUGGACGUAGAAAAUUAUUACGAUUCGUUAAGUAAAUUAAAUAAUACGCCCACUUCACAUAUUACUUGUCUUAUACAGGAUGUUGGCAGCUUGUAUAAAAUUCAUGGGUAAUUUAAUUAUAUAUACUUCUACUUAUAUAUGUUUUUUAAACAUGAUUCAGGAAAAAAAUAGACAAAUAUAUUUUUCGAUUAACCGCCGCCCCCUGUCCGUGUCCAUUUCGAUUUACUGUAAAAUGAUUUUUCAAUCCGUGCGGUCGAUUGACGGACAGCAGCCACGUUGUUGUUCCGGACGAAAGGUUAAGUUUUGAGUUUCUUUCUUAAUAUUAUAUUUAAGUUUGCAUAUUUACAUUUAUGUGUUUUUAGCUGAGUAGGUAAUGUAUGUACUUACGUUCAACGUGUUUCGUGUACGAACAUUUACUAUGCGAAAAAAAAUAAUUUUUAAUACAAUUUCAAUUGAGUCGUGAUGUGGUGAAACGUUGAAAAGUAUAAUAUUCUAAACAAUCAUGACAUUUUUAAAAUACCGAUAUUGUUUAUGGCACAUGAUCGAAAUGCUACCCAAUAUAGGGCACCUAACCAAUAAAGAAUAACUCGUUUUUUUUUUCGUCGGUAAUAACUUCGUGACAAAUGAUUAUUACUUCCAUUGUUGAACGAACAGUAAAUAAAUAAAGACUAUAGAGAAUGGAUUUAUAAAUUACAGAUUUUCACACGUAUAAAACCAAUAUUUAUAAUAUAGAAAAUAUGUAAACUUGACACUUGAAAAUAAAAAUAUCCAUUAGCGUGAUUUAAAUAUAUUUACAAAUAGUCCGGGAGAAAAAUUACCAAAUUUGCCGACGACUAAAUAAACUACUCGUUUCAUUUUAUUUUGUCUUUCGUUUAAUAAGUGGGUAAUAUUUCCGAUUUUUACAUUUACAAAGAAAUAGGAAUACACAUUUCCGUGGCGUUUAAUUCGCGUAUUCUUAUUACCAAACGUAAAAAUCUUCGUUGAAAAAGACGUGAAGUUCGGUCAGAAAAUAGGAUAAUAAUCAAUAAUUUAACCACAUAUCGAUUACAUUUCGAUAAUUCGAAAUGUUUUUUCUCGGAUCCAAAAGCCAGUGAUCAACCGAAAUUCCGAUCAAGGCUAAAAAUUAGACAACAAAUGCUUAAAAUGCGACUUUCUCCUAAAUAACGUCAUUAAAAAAAAUCACCAUUUUUUUUUUUUUUUUUUUUAAAACAACUUAAUAUCUCUGUUUGUUUUAUAUUCAUCAUCGCAUUUUUUCGGUACGGCGUGACGCAGUGUUUAAGUCUUUAUUAUGUUUACUACACGCCGAAAAAUAAUUCGAGAUUUAUACACAGUAAGCCAAUAAAAUAAUAAAAUAUUUCAAUAUUUCAAUAUAAUAGUCGUGAUAGGUAUCGUGAAAUAUUAGAAACCUAUACCGCAUGACGUCCGCGAUUAUAAUAGAUAAACGUUGCAGAGGUCCAAACCUCUGUUACCUAGUUGUUUAUAAAUUAUUAUGUUUUCGUACGGAUAUACCUAUAAAAUAUGUAUACCUGCAGCCAUUACCGUGGAAAAAAAAGAAAAACAAACAAUAUUUUUAUCCAUCCGUGAAAUCUAACGGAAAUAUGAUUGUAUAAUGUUCUCGUCACGAAAUGCGCGUAUAAUUUAUUUAAAAAAACAAUAAUAUUCUCCCGAAGUUCACAAUACAAUAUUGGACUUAUAUUAAUGUGAGUGUAUUUUUUAGAUUUUUAUUAACGGACACGGAACCGCUUUUAGGCAUAACAAUUAUUAUAUUAGUACCUAUUGAAGAUAAAAUAAAUACGAAACAGCGAAAUUCAAAACUUGAUUAUAAUACACUCGUAUAUACGUUUUCGGAAUACAUUUCUAAGGAGGACGACCGAUAAAAUGAAGGCCAUAAUAUAAUAAUAAUAAACAAAUCAAAUAUGUAUAGGUAUUGUUUAUUGAUCGAUGAUAGAUACAAAUUGAUAAUAUGAAAACAUGUAGGAUAAUAAUUAAUGAUUUUGAAACUAUAGUUAUAAUUAUAACUUUGCUGUUGAAAUAACGAGUGGAAACUUAAAGAAAAUAAAAUGUGAUAAUUAUAUGGUAUUAUAGCGUUAGCACCACUAUACGAUUUACGGUCAUAUGGAUAGCGGGUUUUAGUUGAGAUUGGAUCACGGGAGAUAACACGACUGUAUAAGCCCCGUAGCCAUUAUUUAAAUUUUUUAAAUAAUGACAAUAAUGUUGAAAGAAAUGGGGAGGGAGCAGAGGAUUGAAUAUAGUACUGGUAAUUCACUGAAUCUCUAAAAAAAUUGAGAUGGACAACUGUUGAGUCGUUUAAAUGUUGUUGAAAUUCCAUAAUUAGUUAAUUUGACUGAUUUAGUUCUAUAUAGUCUAUAUAUAGAACUAAAUCCUUAAAGUAAGGGAAAAGUCUUCCUUGGCUCCAUCCAGUCAUCUUUUUCUGGGUCUGUUUUGUGGCCUUUUCCCUUAGGUUCAAGGGCCGCUCUUAAUGGUUCAUUUUCUUUCCAACGUAUACUGUGUCUAAACCAUUGUAGGUCAUUCUAGGCCGUUCUAGGCUAUCCUCUGGCCUUUGACGAAAUAUGGUUAUCGUUUCCGUUUCCAAAAUACCCUGUAGUUCUCUGUUGUAACUCCUACGCCAUUCACCUAUGUGGACAUCUAAUACGGGUCCACUUGUCCUCUGAUUUUUUUCCGGACUUUAUUUUCAGAAGUCCUCAGUUUCCUUUCCGUCGCGCUAGUCGUAGUCCAGGCCUCACUUCCGUACGUAAAGAGUAAUCUCCUCAGUGGCGUUAUAAUAUUUUCUAAUAUAGGAGUCUUUGGAAUUUCUACAUCAUGCGGUUUACGCCGCGAGAAUAUCCUAUAUAUGAUUUCAGCCGAUUAUUGCGCGUUAAUUUAACUUUUCGAAAAAAAAAAAAAAAAAAAAAACAAAAACAAAAACACAAUCCGUUGUUUGAGCGUUACGAACGAAACUAGCGGCAUUCUGACGCCAGUAAAAAAUCCACCCGUUUAUCCGUUAUGCAGGGUGGGACCUACACUUGAUAUCGUAUACUGUUAUUAUUAUUAUUAGCUUUUCUACGAGGGAAUGACUACUUUUCGAUAAUAAUCCGUCAAGCGAUAGUAAAGUUUACGCGUUCGCGUUCGCCUCGUACAAAAGACGUUUUGCAAACGACAGCCAUGUUAUAUCGCCUAAACUUUAAAUGUCAACAGCGGCGGCGGCUGUCGAAAGCGUGAUAAUAAUAAUAACAUCGGCUUAAUAGUAUUUCAAUAAUAAUAUUGACGUGGUCGUAAUAAUGACGUUAUAGAGUGUCAUAGUCGCGGGAAAAAAUAUAAAUAUCAAAUACGAUACUAUAAUAAUANUAAUUACUAUUAUUUCGAUUUCGAUACGCGCCGCGGAAAACGGAGAUUUUGAGCUGUAAAAUUAAAAUUUAUAGCGUAUUAUUUUCGGUAAAUACCUUCCGUCUCUACUCCACUUCCGAAAAAAAAACAACAUGAACGAUCAUUUGUUUUAAUUUAAAGUUUUCGUUUUUUUUUUUUUUUGGGUGGGGGGGUAUAUUUUAAUAUAUUUUUUUGUAUAUUCGGUUAGUUCCGGAUAUUUUCGGUUCGCCGCACACGCCGGCGGCGCGGGAGAUUUCUCUUGGCCGCCGCGGCAUAGUCUCCUCCAGUGCUUACGGAAGUUAAUUCGGGUGGAUGGGAGGAAUAAAAGAGGAAAAGAGGGAUUUUUUCCGGUGAUAAAAAUCCCGAUUCAUCGUCCCUCGUUACCGAUAACUUGCGCGCGUUGGUCAAUAAAUAUACUAUUGUAUGUGCACGUAUAUUAUACUACGUACGAAAUCGAUCGUGCGAUAUUAUUGAGAAAUAUUUCCCCAGGACCAUUGUCGAGGUGGGGGGGGGAUAAAUUAGCUUCACAGCUUUAAGCGAAAGUUUAGUACAUUACACUUUUUGUUUUUUUUUAUUACUACAAAGUACAAUCUAUAAUGAACUUCCUGUUGAAUUUUUAAUCAUUUCUGUUUAGUCUAAACAUUUUAUUCACAGAGUAGGUAAGUACCUAAACCGAUUAAAAUUGACGUAAAAAACUCGCAAAAUUAAAAAUCAAAUGUUUUAAAAAUUUGAUUACGUCUAAAGAAACCAAGCAUAAGAUUUUUGUCCAAAUUUCAAUUCUUUACGAAGAUUUUGAACUUAAUUACAAUAAAAAAAUAAAAUUGAAAUAAUAAAAACAUUAUUUUCGUAAAUUUCAUGAUUUCUUAAGUUUUUUCUCUAUUUUUCCCUAUAAUUCCUUUCAGAAAAAGUGCUACACUUCAUACAUCGGAUCAAGAUUUCUGGUAGAAAUUGUGUAUGCAGAUAAAAAAAAAUAAAUAAAAUAAAAAUCAUUGUAAAACCAUUAGAUUUCUCGCUUCGCUCAUAAUCUGAAAUUUUUAAUUAGUUAAAAAAUUAAUAACUAUGAAAUUAUAGGUUUGAAAAACAGUAUUUUAUUACCUACUAUUUAAAAUUUAAAUUGUAUUUACUAUUAUAAUUUUUAAUUAUAAAAAUGAUUUUCUAGUGAAAUAUUUCUAUUGCUAGGUAUUUAACUCAAUUUUUCUCUAUAAUGUUUCUUACUAGUUUUGGAAAAAAAACAUUUAUUUUGAAACAUCAUCAAAUUAGUUAGAUCGUUCUUACUGCACCAAAAUGUAAUGAUUGUAAAUAACAAUCCACAUCCGUUUCUCGUAAACAUGUUCACAUGUUUUCAGUCAAACAUUAUUUUAACGUUAUUUUUUUUGUAUUUUAAAAUUAAUUGGUUUAUUGUUCACAGGACCAUGCUUGUUUUGUCAUGAAAUACUCUGCAGGCGGGGAUUUAAAUUGGCACAUAAUAAAUAACGGAGCAUUUACGGAACCAAAAGCCGUGUUCUAUGCCGCAUGUGUGGUGCUAGGUGUAACAGAUUUACACGAACACAACAUCGUUUAUCGGUUAGUACAAUUUUAAAUAUCAUUUUUACAUAUUACAUUGUUGUUAAUAUGGUGCGUUUAUUAUUGGUUAGCGAUACAAAAUUGAAUAAUUUAAUUAUGUCAACGGACGGUUACAUAAAGAUUGCUGAUUAUGGUUUAUGUAAAUUGAAUAUGGAAUUUGGCGAUCGAACAGCAUCAUUUUGCGGGACUGCUGAAUUCGUAGCGCCAGAAAUCCUAAUAGAUACAUCGUACACACGAAGUGUCGAUUGGCCUUUGGGAUUUUGA